AUGGCCAAUGAAAAGGUUAUCUACCGUCCAGGUAGAAUCCAAACUCUUACUGCGGAACAAGAAAUUAUCCUCAAAAGAACAUGGGCAUAUAUAAUGAAAUAUACCGGUUAUCAUCUUGACAUUGACAAUGAAGAUCUUCCAUAUAAUGAAUGUUUUGUUGCAAGUACCAGUACUCAACGCUACGGUUAUUCUAAUUCUGGUCCAAUUCCACUUCGUAGAACGGCAUCUAGAACUUCAUUCACUUCUUCAAAGGCUGCUCAAUCUACUAUGUCAAGAAGAAGAAGCUUAUUUGGAAGCAAGAGAGAAACUCCAACAACAAACGAGGGACCACGUCCUGAUUCCAGGAGAUUGAGACAAAUCCAGACUCAAUCUUCUAAGGAAAGGUAUUAUCCGAUUGAGAUCCCCAGUCAAGUAGUUUAUGAUAUUUAUGGACAUUAUUACAAAAGCAGUUUUGAAUAUUCUGAGGACUCCACAGAAAAUGAAAGCGAUAGCUGUUUUGGUGAUACCGAUAAUGAAUCUAUUGAAAGUUUUGUGACUGCGUCUACUUCCUUCACUGCAUUUGAUUUUUCACCUCAUUACACAAAUGGAUCAACGAAGAAAGAUCAAGCUUCAAUUUUUUCAGAUAUCUUCGAAGAGAGAAGAAGAGUUUUGCCAAAACAUCAUAGUACAUUCUUACCCCUGAUGUCUAAUUAUGAUCCUACCACAAUUCAUAAAGGAAUGUUUGGAGGGGCACGGAAUGAUUUAAUUGACAAUUUGGUGCUUAGAUAUGUCAGAGCUCGAAAAUGGGAUGUAGAUAAGGCAAUUGCAAUGUUAUUCAAAACCCUUGAUUGGAGGA